CUCUCCUCAUCUCUCUCUCUCACACACACAUCAUCUCCCCCACCUCUCUCCCAAAGCCAAGAGCUCAGUGAAGCAGCGGCCAUGGAGGGCAAGGAGGAGGACGUGCGGCUGGGCGCGAACCGCUACUCGGAGCACCAGCCCAUCGGCACGGCGGCGCAGGGCGGCGGCGCGGACGAGAAGGACUACAAGGAGCCGCCCCCGGCCCCCUUCUUCGAGGCCGGGGAGCUCACCUCCUGGUCCUUCUACCGGGCCGGCAUCGCCGAGUUCCUGGCCACCUUCCUCUUCCUCUACAUCUCGGUGCUCACCGUGAUGGGCGUGGUGGGCAACCCGUCGGGGUCCAAGUGCGGCACCGUUGGCAUCCAGGGCAUCGCGUGGAGCUUCGGCGGCAUGAUCUUCGUGCUCGUCUACUGCACCGCCGGCAUCUCCGGCGGCCACAUCAACCCCGCGGUCACCUUCGGGCUGUUUUUGGCAAGGAAGCUGUCGCUCACCAGGGCCGUCUUCUACAUCGUGAUGCAGUGCCUGGGGGCCAUAUGCGGCGCCGGCGUGGUGAAGGGGUUCCAGACCACGCUGUACCAGGGCAACGGCGGCGGCGCCAACUCCGUCGCGCCCGGGUACACCAAGGGGGACGGGCUUGGCGCGGAGAUCGUCGGCACGUUCGUGCUGGUGUACACCGUCUUCUCCGCCACCGACGCCAAGCGCAGCGCCAGAGACUCCCACGUCCCCAUUUUGGCGCCGCUUCCGAUCGGGUUCGCGGUGUUCCUGGUGCACCUGGCGACGAUCCCCAUCACGGGGACCGGCAUCAACCCGGCGAGGUCCCUCGGCGCCGCCAUCAUCUACAACAAGAAGCAGGCGUGGGACGACCACUGGAUCUUCUGGGUUGGUCCGUUCAUCGGCGCGGCGCUGGCGGCCAUCUACCACGUGGUGGUGAUCAGGGCCAUCCCCUUCAAGAGCCGCGACUAGUCAAUCCAGCAGCUGCGAAUGGAAUCUUAUCGCUGUUCAUCGUCGGUCGAUCGAUCAUGUGGUGGUGGUGGUGGUUGCUGGUGCGCGCGUACGUGGAUCAUCUCUCGGCCGCGCACGCUGUAAUAAUCCUCCAUCCGCCGUGCUGUUCCUCUCCUCGGUGUGUGUGCCUGUCGGCAGCGUCACCUGUUCAAGUCUGCGAGCUUCAGUAGGAGUACCUGUUGUACUUUCCCUCCCUUUUGUAUUGUACUACGCACGCGAUUUAAUGGAGCGUGCAUAUCUAUGUAAAUUACUACUAUUAAGAAGGAACGCCGAUCGAGUUAAUUAACGAUCUUCUCGCCUGGAGAUGAGAAUAAUAUAAUGAUUAUGUGA